GUGGGAAAGAGAGAGCUGGUCAUUACCUGCUGACCGUCUCCAUGGCAACCGAAGACAGCAUGGACAUGUGGCUGAGGGAAGCUGUGAACCUCAAUGAAAAAUUUUGGAACAGAAUUAUUGGUAGAACAAUUCAACUUACAACCUAUUUUGGGAUGUACGAGGGUGUCUUAACUAGUAUUGAUACGGGUCACGCCAUUCUGCUAAGCAAAGUCAAAGAUUUGAAAACUAGCCAGAAUGUGCAAGGAAUACAGCCAUUUAAGGGUUCAGAUAUCCUACAUGUGGAAUUGUUGCAAGAUCCAGAACACAACACUGCAUUUGGAAGUGUGACUCUACAGACCGAAAAGCCUUCCAAAAACGCAGAGAAAUCACUUCCCUUUAAUAUUCAGCCAGGAAAUCCUACUGCUACCUUAGAGGCUAUAAAUGCUGCAGCAGAGAAGAUUGAUGUGCAAUACAUUCUAAUUGACCAGAUCCAGACAUUGUUUGGUCCUGCUAUGCUGCAUAUACAGAGUCAGAAUGUUCUUGGUGUGUCUUCUGCUGGUUUUAACAUGUGUCGCGAUGGAAAGCUCUGCUGGCUGCAGGUGGCAACUAAGAGUCAAGUCUACCUGUUCGAUAUAUUCACCUUGGGGCCAUCGGUAUUUAAAAAUGGAUUAAAAAUGGUGCUGGAGGACAGAGGCAUUGUAAAGGUGAUUCAUGAUUGCCGUGGACUUUCAGACUGUCUCGCUCACCAGUAUGGGAUUGGUCUUUCUAAUGUGUUUGACACACAGGUUGCCGAUGUUUUCCUGUUUUCUGUGGCCACUGGUGGCUUUCUCCCACAUUGUACUUGUACUGUGGAUGAAUGCUUGAAAAGUCAUCUAAAUUUGACGUCACCACAUGCUUCCUUCCUGUCUUAUAAAGGAGAAAUUGCAAAGGAAACCCCAGACGUAUGGAUUACACGUCCUUUACCAGUGUCUUUAAUGAAACUUUUGGCCCUGGAGGUGGUCUAUCUCUGUACUCUGCGCUUCGCCAUGCUGGAAGCCAUGAUGACAGAUUUUACUUGUUCAGUGGAGCGGUAUCUCAACAUUCAUAAACGAAGUGCGGUGGAAUUACAGAAUGGAUGUCUGUUUCCUGGCUCUGUUCUACCAGAAGAGUUGCGAGAAUUGAGUGUUCUGCAGGAAACCAGACAAAAAAUGGCUCUGGAAAAAUUUGAGGUAAAUGACAUGGGCUUACUGAUGCGGCUUGAAGAAAAGCUGAUUACUCCGACGGAAAAUGGCAAACUUAAACAAGAGUUAAUGCUUCCUUUUUCUGAUGAGCUGUGCCCCGCUGAGAGAAAGGGACUGCCCAGGUUAGGUGCAUUGCCCAAGCAGUCUGGCAAAACAAAUCAAAGUGCAGAAUCUCAGAUGUCACCUAAGAAAGAAGAGUUUGGAGUCAAAGCUCAUGAAUGUUCUGUUUCGGUAGAUACUUCUGGGACAACUGCACAGUUACUUGCCAAGUCUUUGCAGAAGACCUCUCAAUGUAGAAACAAAGAAGGACCGGUUCUAGGUUUGGAGAAUCUACAUUUAACUAGCUAUCAAAGGCCAGUCACUAAUUUUUCCUGUCCAAUAGGAACACAACUCCGGAUGUCUGCACCUCAGUUUUUGACCAGAAAUUUAUAUAAAUCUAGUUCUUGGUGA